AUGAAUCGUAACCUUAUGAUUGCUCGUCGACUCACUGGAGCUCGUCGAUACAUUACUUUGGGAGGACAUAAACCAAACAUGACCAACCUUCCCGACUCUUCAGAGGAUGCCCAAGCUGCAUCAGGCACCCUAAUGACCUCUGCACCCAAGUGGGAUGAAAAAGACGCUACUGAGAGUGAAGCCGACGUCAAGGCUGAUAGAGAACCCAUGCGUGGCAUUCAAGAACUCAAGACUGAAAGUGUGGAUUGGUUCAAGAAACAUGAAAACAAGGCUGAUGGCUCAAUCAAUUACCAAAGCAAGCAUGGUAGCUCUGUCAACUCGAAUGCAAACCAAUAA